CUCCAAGCUCACACCUGCCUUGGCUUUGGGAUGGGACUAGUAGCAUCCCAGGUCCCUUACUGAUCCUUCACGUCGGGUGCCUUUGGUGUUUGGCUGGUGGCCAGAGUGGGCAGGACCAUUCCCCGCGUGAGGCCCCAACACAACUUUUAACAAAACCUCUCUUCUCUGUGCCUGAAUGAGGAGGCUGGCGGGAGCUGGGGGAGGAGCACCAGGAGGGCAGUGCAGAGCCCUCUGCCAGGGAAAGGGCCCACGGAGAAGUUGCCAUCACCAGCGUGAGCGAGGGGGGCUCCUCAAGCAAGGAUCCCAGCCAGUCACCCUGCGCAGGAGGGAAUAAAUCACAAGAUAGUGGGAUUGCAGAGAUGGAGGAACUUCCCGUCCCACAUAACAUCAAAAUAAGUAACAUCACAUGUGAUUCCUUCAAGAUUUCUUGGGACAUGGAUUCUAAGUCCAAGGACCGCAUUACUCAUUACUUCAUCGAUCUCAACAAGAAAGAAAACAAGAAUUCCAACAAAUUUAAACACAAGGAUGUACCCACUAAAUUGGUGGCCAAAGCUGUUCCUUUGCCUAUGACAGUCCGCGGGCACUGGUUCUUGAGCCCAAGAACAGAAUACACAGUAGCAGUGCAGACAGCGUCAAAGCAAGUUGAUGGUGAUUAUGUUGUUUCUGAGUGGAGUGAAAUCAUCGAGUUUUGCACAGCAGAUUAUUCAAAAGUUCACCUAACACAGCUAUUGGAAAAAGCUGAAGUGAUUGCAGGCCGUAUGCUUAAACUGUCUGUUUUUUAUCGGAAUCAGCACAAAGAAUACUUCGAUUAUAGCAGAGAGCAUCACGGGAAUGCUAUGCAGCCCUCUGUUAAGGAUAACAGCGGCAGCCACGGCUCUCCGAUCAGCGGGAAGCUGGAAGGCAUCUUCUUCAGCUGCAACACCGAGUUUAACACUGGGAAGCCACCACAAGAUUCACCUUAUGGAAGAUACAGGUUUGAGAUUGCAGCUGAAAAACUCUUCAACCCAAACACUAACUUGUACUUUGGAGACUUCUACUGCAUGUACACAGCCUACCACUACGUCAUUCUCGUCAUCGCCCCUGUUGGAUCCCCAGGAGACGAAUUCUGUAAGCAGCGUCUUCCUCAACUAAAUAUAAAAGAUAAUAAAUUUCUGACCUGCGACGAAGAAGAUGGUGUCAUGGUUUACCAUCAUGCCCAGGAUGUUAUUUUGGAAGUAAUUUACACUGAUCCUGUGGAUCUCUCCCUCGGCACAGUCGCGGAAAUUACUGGUCACCAACUAAUGAGCUUGUCUACUGCAAACGCAAAGAAAGAUCCCAGCUGCAAGACCUGCAAUAUCAGUGUUGGACGUUAAAACUUCCCUCGUUACUUAGGAGCCUUCAAACCUCUGUUGCCCAUUUCCAUAGUCAGACGUUUUUGUCAGAAGCAUGCACAUGCCGCUGUCACCAAAAGCAAACACGAGUCUUCAAAAUCUCCAGUAGCGUUUUUAGUACUUCUUCUCUCCCCCUUUCCCUUCUGUUCCCCCGAUGCUUUAAAUGAUUAGAAGUCCUGGAUUUCUUUCUGGCAACCAUUUAUACCUAGAUGCUGCAAAAAUUGUUUUCUGUUUUUUGCCAAACAUAACAAAAUCCUAUAUAAACUGCUUUAGCAAAAUAAAAAUAACGGCUUAUAAAUGGUGUUUAAAUAUACGCAUUCAUUUUAACUACUGAACAAAUACUGGGAUAACUCCAAACAGCAUGAAAGGUUGUAAUUGCAGCAUGAUUUAAAUUUCAGAGCCUAGAAACGUCAGCACUUCCAACGUGUUGUUUGACAGUGUUAUUUAUGUUAUUUAUAUUAGCUAACUGAAAACAGAAACUGUGUCUUGACAUAAUAAAUAUAAUAGAAAAAUAUUUUAUUUGUACUGUUGUAUAAAAUAUUAUACAAUCAUAUAGAAUAUAUAGAUUACAUUUUAAUAUCAAUUGUAUACAUACGUCAUGAAAUCAUUUUCCCUUAUCAAAGAUGUAGUUUGUAAACAUCAAAUAGCUCUGUAUCUGUUCCUGUUGCUCUAGAUUACUUUAAUUAAAACAGAUUUACGAAGGAAACCAUUUCUGAUUCAUAAAAGUUAAGUUAUAAAGUAUUAAGUCAGUACACUGAAACAACAAUCCUCUGAGAAAUAAAAAAAAUUCCUUUUUUAGUGUUCAUACUCUUUCCUCCAAACUACUUGAAAAUGUGUACGUCUUCAAAAUCAUGCCGAGCCAUUACAUACAAUAUAAAUACAAACAUGGUUGGUACAUAAUAGGCUUUAUAAAAUGAAAAUCUUAUUACCAAGAUAGAAAACAGGUUGCUUAUACUAUGUGGUCAAUACAAAAUGACAGUUAAAGUAAAACACUAAACAUGAUCCAACUUAUUCAAGUCCCCUUUUUUAAAAAAUUCUUCCUUCCUUUAUGUCUGGGCUAAGUAUUUCCCAGAAUCCCUGCUUUUCACCUCUAGUACAAAACCUACUGAUAAACCGUCUGUUAACAGUUCACUUUUCACACAAAUGGUCUAUCACAAAUAGUGAAAAAAAUCUCCUUAAUAUUACAAAGUGUGGUGCUCUGCAAUUUAAGAAAGAUGCAUAAUUCCAAUGGAAAAAUAACUUCUUUAUAUUCUUAUUUUCAGUAAACAAGAAGUCUAGCGUUCCUCAUCAGAUAACUGUGACACUCAAUUAUAUACCACGUACUUUAUCUAUCCAAAAUAUCUUAGCAUAAUGCAAUAAUCUAGUCUUGUUUUAAUAUAUAUAUGUGGAAAUUUAUAACACAAGAAAUACUUUGACAUUUUACAAGGUGCAUGCGUCUAAACGAGCUUUGGUACUUAGGAAAGCAAAUGUUAUAGUGUCAGGCAAAAUAAAGUGCAAAGUUUAAUACAGAAAUUAAAAUUAGCACAUAGUUGAUCUAUUUACUGAUUUUUUUAAGUACCAUGAGCCAGGUCCUGUGAACCCUAGUGAAAAGGACAGCAGCCAGUAUACAGUAAACUGUAUCUAUCCUGUUUUAGCAAACACUUUCUCUUAUUUCUAAAAAAAAAAUAAAACAAAAAAACCCC